AUGAUCUACACAAUAACUGAGCGAUACGUCUACUUCGUUCGAAUACCAUAUGAAUCGCCUCUGUCCAUUUCUACCACACCACGGCUGACGGCGCUCUGUUACAACUCAGCUGAUCGUGUCGCUCGCAUGGAUUUGUGCGAGUUCGUGAAUGAAACGAAAUCGCGGAUACCCUCAUCAAGAGGACGAGUUGUCAUGCUUCAUAGUUCGCCUUGUUGUGGUGGUAGUAUGCUUGGUCGAUUGCUAAGCUCAGUGGACACAUCCGAAACAAGACUACUCGUUCUGGGUGAACCGCCUGUACUGAGUGCCUUAGCUGUUCUUGCUCAACUCGCAUCGAUCGAAACGAUGCGAUCAAUAACCCUAGCUGCGUUACGAUUUUCGAUGCGACACAUCGAAACCGACCAGGUCGUCGUGAUGAAAGCGAGUUGGCGAUUACUCGAAUCAGAAAUGGUGCAGAAGAUUGGCCCAAAAGUCGACUACGAAUUCUCUUUAGCACAAAUUAUGGGCUGCAUAAUUAAUUAUCAAAGGAAAAUUUGA